UAAAUAGAAAACAUUCUACAAAGUAUUUAUGUGAUAAGUAGUUUUUGCUUAACUACCAUAUUAGAGCUACCAAAAUUCCACGCUAUGUAUUCAAAGUUUAUAUUCCUGUUUCUUCUAAUUGCUGUGGGUGAAAUUCAAGCAGAAAGGUGUAGUUCCGUAGUCAUUGAAACACGAGCAAGAGAAUGCCUUAACAGUAUGCUCGAACGGCUUAUGGAUGAACCAUCAGAAGCCGAAGCAUGCCAAGUAGCGAGGACUUAUAAAAACUGCUUGAGAUCAAUCGCUGAAGAUUGUCUAGAUGAGAGUGAUAGAGCUCAACUGGAAGACGCACUUCAGGAAAUCGACAAAAAAUGCCGAGAAACAGAAACAAAUGAGAUUGAUGAUGAGACAAAUGAAGUUUGUAGAGAGAACAAUAAAGAUUACUUAGUAGGUUGCCUUAGAGAAAUUCAAAUGAGAGCAUUGUCACACUUUUCUCCUCAAAGAAAUCCAAAUGAAAAUGAUAUCAAGUGCACGGUAUACCACUGGACUGCUGAUUGUGUGAUUGAGCGCGUAAUAGAAAAAUGUGGUACUGGAGCAGGUCAUGAAACGAGAGAAGCGUUGAGCAAUCCUUCAACAGAAAUAAAAGAAGCUUGUAUUGCUGUAAAUCGACCUCUCCAGCUUCUAGCCCCCCGAUUUUAAAAUGCUCUUUCUGUAGGAAAUAGCGAAUCGAAAUUUGAACGUUUUGGGUUAAUAUAUGUUAUUUUUCUAUUGUAUCCCUUUUAUGUAUGAAAAAACAGUAUCUAUGUCAAUUGUGCAAAGCAAACUUUAAUGUAUAACUAAUUUCUAAAACAUUAAAAAGAUAAUUGCA